AUGAGACACUUCUUUCGGCGAAUCUUUGGGUUUCGUCAACAUACUUCAUCUCACAGCUCACCUCAGAGACGCGCCAUGAGCUCCUCGACCGUGGCAGUUCUUUACGCCCUCACCCUUUCGAUACCUUCAACCUCCACAGGUCCUGAGGAUGCAAAAGAGAAGAAACACCAUGUCUCAGGGGGUUUCACGAAUCCAUGGGAUUCAUAUAAGACCCCCGCUGUUCAGCGCUUUUUUCUGCGACAAAUAAAUGGUCAAGCAAACCGUCCCGACACUACACCUCCAACUGUGCCUGUCCAAAAACCAGAGUUCUUGUCUAGUAGAGAUACUCCUAAGUUGCGUGCGACUUGGCUGGGUCAUGCCUGUUAUUAUGUCGAGUACCCCAGCGGUCUGCGAGUACUGUUUGACCCCGUCUUCGAGGACCGUUGCUCGCCAUUUUCUUGGCUGGGCCCCAAGCGUUACACUGAGAUGCCGUGUCAAGUCAAGGAUAUACCCAUAAUCGACGCGGUGGUGAUAUCUCAUAAUCACUAUGACCAUCUGUCGUAUCCAACAGUUAAAGAGAUCUCUAAGCGACAUCCAAAUUGCCAUUUCUUUGUGCCUCUGGGCAAUGAGGCGUGGUUCAAAAGCUCUGGAAUUGACAAUGUGACUGAAUUAGACUGGUGGGAGGAACGUGACAUUGUUCUCUCGCCGUCCCAAUCGACAGGGACGCAAGUUGAAGAGCCAGCCGAGAAUGGUGGUUCAAGUCCAGGAGAUAUAAAAGGGCGGGUUGGAUGCCUACCCUGUCAGCAUACUAGUAACAGAGGCGUAUUCGACCGAGCAAAGACAUUGUGGGCUUCAUGGUAUGUUGAGUCCGGCGGACGCAAGGUCUACUUUGCUGGAGAUACCGGCUACAGAAAUGUGCCAGAGCUUCCUGACGGUGCUGAUGACCAUGCACCGGAAUACGACUUUCCAGUAUGCCCUGCUUUCAAGCAGACGGGUGAAUUUCGUGGGCCGUUCGAUCUGGGAUUGAUACCGAUUGGAGCCUAUAGUCCUCGCUUCGUUUGGAGCCCAGUGCAUGCUGACCCUCACGAUGCAGUUCAGAUAUUCCAAGAUACCAAGUGCAAGAAGGCCCUGGGUAUGCACUGGGGCACUUGGGUGUUAACAGAGGAAGACGUCCUUGAGCCACCUAGAAAAUUGAGAGAUGCGUUGAGAAAACAUGAAAUUCCUGAGGUCGGAGUUUUCGAUGUUUGUGACAUUGGAGAAAGUCGGGAGUUUUAG